CUUGAAUAAAGCGCAGAGGCGAGAGCGGUUCGUGCGGUUUGCGCACAGGAUCUUAGAGCAGGGAACAUGUGAGAGGGGAAUGGGAAACUGGAAACUGGAUUACACUUUACAGAAGAGACGCAGAAGGGGAGCUUGUGAGGAUUUUGACAAGAACUCUGCGCAACGGCUCCAUUGAAUAGGACAUAUAUUGUGGCCAAGGCGCUUUCAGUGGACACAGGGGAAAGAAGGACUAAUAAACCAAAGAUGAACACAAUUGUGUUUAAUAAGCUAACCAGCCAGGUUUUAUUCGAGGAGAAGGCGAAUGAGGUCGAGAGAAGCAGUAGAAAUUAUUUAGAAGUGAUCGAUGGACAGCAUCCGGACCUGCUCGCCAGCAGCCAAGUCAUCAAAGACAGCUCAGCUAUCCGACACAGAAGACCUGGGUCUCGUCAGAGCUCUGGAAAAGUACGACACAAACGGCAAGCUCUGCAGGACAUGGCGCGGCCCUUGAAACAGUGGCUAUACAAGCACCGCGACAACCCUUACCCCACGAAAACAGAGAAAAUCCUUCUCGCACUUGGCUCACAAAUGACACUUGUGCAGGUAUCAAACUGGUUUGCAAAUGCUCGACGACGACUGAAGAAUACCGUCAGGCAGCCUGAUUUAAGUUGGGCUCUAAGAAUCAAACUCUACAACAAAUAUGUCCAAGGCAAUGCAGAAAGAUUGAGCGUCAGUAGCGACGACUCUUGCUCCGAAGAUGGCGACCCGGCAGCACGCGCCCCGAACGGAGAAUUCAGCAAGCCCAUGUACCAGAGCGUCAUCAAGAAGGAGGGCGGGGCUGUGGGGGUGGGUCUUCGAGCAGCCGCGGAAGCCUCAUUAUCAGACGAUUACGUGUCUCCGCCCAAAUAUAAGAGCAGCCUGUUGCAUCGUUACCUCAACGACUCGCUCCGUCACGUGAUGGUGGCCAACGGCGUAAUGGACGGGAGGAGGAGGAACCACUCGGGCUCCUUUAGCUCUAAUGAGUAUGAUGAAGAUCUGCUGUCACCGUCAUCAUCAGAGGCGGAGGCUAAUUUUAUCUACAGAACUGAGACUGUGGAUCAUGGAUCAAAUAAAUGUGACAGCCGUACACAGAAAGAGAAGGGACAGAGAAAAGACGAGACGUACUGGAGGGAGAUCAACGCGGCCAUGGCCCUCACUAACCUGGCGCAGCCCAAGGACGCGGUCACCGCGGCGACCACCAGCUGCAUCAUUCAGAAAUCUUCGCACAUAGCUGAAAUCAAGACUGUUAAAGUGCCUUUUCUGCACAAAUACUAACACACAAAGAUCUCUCUCUUCUACCUUUGGAAUUUAUUUGUUAUUUUGAAUAUUGUUUAUUAAUUUGUGGUACUGAUCAAAAAUGUUUUCAGUUAGUUUUUUAUUGUUAUUACGAGUACGAUCGAGUGCCCUUAAAUGCAGCACUUGUUUAGUUCAUUCGUUUGUGCGUUCCUUUUGCGUCGCACAAACAUUUUUGAUAAGUGUUGAUGAAUUGUCUGUAUGUCUGAACGAGACACUUUUUUGCUAUGUUAACUUAUUUUGAUAUUAAUCAGAAAUUUGUAUUGUAUCGCACCAAAGUGCCUUCAUGUAUUCUCGAUAGAGAUUGGUGAGUUUGUACAGUUAAAGUCCGCUCUGUCUUAAAACAAUUGAAAUGACAAGAGAGAGAACAAGAAAAGGUGGGCGUGUUGUUGAUGACCUUACAAAAACCAGCGCCCUCAUAAUUCACAAAGAAACACAUGCCAACGUGAGGCCGGCUCUGAAUGUUUUGUCUUGAUAUCUCAUGUGGCCAUGACUACAACAAUGUUAUGUCUCUAAAAUUGUACAUUUCAACUGUCACCUGCCAACAACAGCCAUGAGCAGAUAGAUAAGUUCAGUCAGCCAACAAUCUAUCUGCAGCAGAAAGAAAACUCCGUUGACCCCUUCAUCGUCACAAUCGAUCACUCCACCCGUUUUCUUCUCUCACUCGUGUACACGUUUAUAGACGUGCACAUUUCUUACAAGACAGCAAGCAGAGAGAGAGAGUAUAAGAUAGAAAAGAGACUUCAAGGUUUCGUCUGGAUCUGUUUGAGACAAAGAGGACUGUGACCCAAAGGGAUAUUUAUGACUUCACUAUCAGUGCUAAAUAAUACGUGUGCCUUCUCACAAUUCUACACAGAACAAGGUACUUUAAUGGAAAAAGUAAAUGAGUUGCCGAGCAUUGUUUUACCCCAUUCUCUCUCAGCUGGUUAGAAUUACUCGUAAAUUGCUGUUUACAAGAAGUACUAGAGAUACUUCCAUGUUUCAGAAACCAUUGCAGUAUUACCACAUCGCUGAUUCAGUGAAUGUUCCAUUUUUUUCAACCUCCAUUUGUUUGUCCUGCGGUUUUAACUGUUUUAGUUAAUGUUUUUGGUUGAACCAAGUUGUUUCACUCAGUCUUGUAUUGACUGAAUGGAAAGAUUUCAAUGCACACACUAUCUAUAUAUUAGUUUUACAGAUGAAUUUGAAGAAACUGACUCUUGUGUUGAUUAGUGUGCCGUUUGUGCCAGAACAAACACUUUUAUACUUUAUGCUGUUUGGUCUUUUGUUUAAAAAAUCUUCACUCGUUUAUGGUUAGAAAGGCCAAAGAGAUUUAUUCAAACAAGCUGCUCUUAUCCGACUGCCCAGUUUGCAGAUCUGCACCCUUCUCUCUCUCGGAUGCCUGAAAACAAUUUAAAAAUCAGUAUUCAGAAACACUGAUUGAGACGGAUACAUACAUGUUCCUGCUUUCCUGAUCAACCGAGGAGCGUGGUCCUUUUUUAGGGCUAUUUCCCAAUUAAAUGUGGAAAAUGUACAGUCACAGCUGAUGCGCUUUUGAAUUUUCCUUUUGUUUUCUUGCUUUGAUCCCUUCAAAUCUCAAUUGGCCUUUGCAAUGUACAAAAAGAAGGAUAUCAACUUAAGUUUAAUAAAUGCUCGUGUUUUUUACUUUUGUUCCCUUGCACAAUCUGCUCGAGACAAAAUGUGUCCGACAAAAGGACAAAAAAUUUUGUGCACACUUUAGAACAUCUUUAAAUGGUUAAAGACUGUCAAACAGAAACUUGUAAUAAUAGUCUGAAUUUUGUUAAGUUAUAUUCGUUUUUUUAUUUUAGAGACUGGAUGUUUAUCCAAUGAAGGAAUGCAUAUCUCAUUUAUUAUCGGAUGGUUUUUUUUCAGGAACCUUGUUUACUUUCACAGGACAUUAAAUAAAAACAUUUGAAGAUGA